GGGGAGGGGGGUGAAUGCCGGAGCCGGAAGUGCGCCAGCCGGGCGGCCGGAAGUGCUGGUGCUGAGGGGCGGCCAUGGGCCGCAGCCGCUCCCGCUCGCCGCCGCGGCGCGAGCGGAGGCGUUCGCGCUCCACCUCAAGGGAGAGGGAGAGGAGGCGAAGAGAGCGAUCCCGGUCCCGGGACAGGGACAGGAGGAGGAGCCGUUCUCGUUCCCCACACAGGAGACGAUCCAGGUCCCCGAGACGGCACCGAUCCAGCUCCUCCUCCCCACCGCGGCUGAAGGAAAGGCGAGAUGAAGAGAAGAAGGAGAUAAAGGACUCCAAAGGCAAAGAGCGUCAGAUCACGGAGGAAGAUUUGCAGGGUAAGACGGAAGAGGAAAUUGAGAUGAUGAAGAUGAUGGGCUUUGCCUCUUUUGACACGACAAAAGGGAAGAAGGUGGACGGUGCUGCAAAUGCCUAUGCCAUCAAUGUCUCCCAGAAGAGGAAGUACAGGCAGUACAUGAACAGAAAAGGAGGAUUCAACAGACCCCUGGAUUUCAUCGCUUGACGCUGGGCUCGCUCGGGGGGGCGAGAAACCACCCACCGAGACAGACUUUGCUUUCUCAGAGACCGGAUUUCCCAGGAAUUUGGGUUAUUCCCAGCAAAUCCCUGCCCCGCAGUGGGUACAAGUUGCCGUUUCCUGAAGUUUUUGAUUAUAAUUAUUAUUAUUAUUAUAUUUUUUUUUUACAAUAUCCUCCGUGGUUCGUUCCUCGAUGCGAUUUCAUGGUGGUUUUCCUCAUGUUUUUUUGACACGGUGUUUGUUGCCCAUUACAAUAAAAUGUGUGUAUUUUUCCUUUUA